AAAGUUCAGCGUGAGAAAUUGGUCUGAUAACGGUUGAUACUUAAUGAAGUUGUCAGAGUGUCGGUCUGAAACAACCAGGCAGCAACUCUCCCGGCAUCAAAUCAUCUCAGCGGGCAAGUAAGAAGUGGGAAUUAAAAAAAAAAAAAAAAACUUCCACCGAUGACAGUAGCUCGUUUGCAACAUAAAUCACCGUUUGUUGUUUUACGUAGUUUUAAAAUGCCUGGGGAGUUUAUGCGUAAAAGAGCGCACAUGUCCGUUGCGCACCACGCUGGCUUCCCGUACUAUCCUCAUCUUCAUCUUCAUCGGAGCUAGAGCAGAGCAUCAGCGGCAGCUAGUUGACCUGUCAAACCACCUAAAAAUGGCUGAGCACGCCCGGAGGAGCUCCUUUCUGCCUCUAACGGGUUUAAUGUGCGUUGUGUUGCUCGUUUUCGUCUCUGUCGCCGCUGCGAGUCGUGAUGUCGUUUCGGAAAACAACGAGACGGGAAGGGAUCCAGCCGGAGACACACGAGGGGAUUCCCAUAAUCAAGUUAACUCUACUGCUCACAAAAAGGCUUUCCCGGUCCUUUCCUUCAACUACGAUCACGUCAGGAGCCCCUUUGAGAUCUCUCUGUGGACCCUUCUGGCCCUGCUCAUGAAACUUGGUUUUCACGUUAUUCCCAGUGUGCAAAACAUCGUCCCGGAGAGUUGUCUGCUGAUCGGCGUAGGUCUCCUGGUGGGCGGCAUCAUCAAAGCCAUCGGAGAGGAAGCGCCCGUUCUCAACACUAAGCUCUUCUUCCUCUACCUGCUGCCUCCCAUCAUCCUCGAUGCCGGCUACUUCCUGCCCAUCCGGCCCUUCAUAGAGAACAUGGGCACCAUCCUGGUGUUCGCGGUGGUGGGGACUCUGUGGAACGCCUUCUUCAUCGGCGGGAUGAUAUACGGUGUGUGUCAGAUUGAAGGAGUCCAGCUGGGCAGAGUGGACCUGCUGUCCUGCCUGCUGUUCGGCACCAUCGUCUCGGCCGUGGACCCCGUGGCCGUCCUGGCCGUGUUCGAGGAGAUCCACAUCAACGAGCUGCUGCACAUCCUCGUGUUCGGGGAGUCGCUGCUUAACGACGCCGUCACUGUGGUUCUGUAUCACCUGUUCGAGGAGUUUACUCACGCAGGAACUGUGACAGUGGUCGACGCCGUCCUCGGGGUCGUCUGUUUCUUUGUGGUUUCACUGGGAGGAAUCCUGGUGGGAGCCAUCUACGGCCUCCUGGGUGCCUUUACCUCCCGCUUCACCUCGCACACCCGAGUCAUCGAACCCCUGUUUGUUUUCCUCUACAGCUACAUGGCUUACCUCUCUGCCGAGGUCUUCCAUCUGUCGGGCAUUAUGUCGUUGAUAGCGUGUGGCGUGGUGAUGCGGCCGUACGUAGAGGCCAACAUCUCCCACAAGUCGUACACCACCAUCAAAUAUUUCCUGAAGAUGUGGAGCAGCGUGAGCGAGACGCUCAUCUUCAUCUUCCUCGGUGUUUCCACGGUGGCCGGUCCUCACGCCUGGAACUGGACCUUCGUCAUCGUCACGGUGGUUCUCUGCCUGGUGUCCAGAGUCCUGGGAGUCAUUGGCCUCACAUACAUUAUCAAUAAAUUCCGUAUUGUAAAGUUGACCAAAAAGGACCAGUUCAUCGUGGCCUACGGUGGCCUGCGAGGUGCCAUUGCCUUCUCACUGGGGUUCCUGCUGACCAACAAUGAGAUGAAGAACCUGUUCCUCACCGCCAUCAUCACGGUCAUCUUCUUCACUGUCAUUGUGCAGGGAAUGACAAUCAGGCCUCUGGUGGAGCUACUGGCCAUAAAGAAGAAGAAGGAGAGCAAAGGAUCAAUUAAUGAGGAGAUUCACACACAGUUCCUGGAUCAUCUCCUCACAGGAAUUGAAGACGUAUGUGGUCAUUAUGGACAUCAUCACUGGAAAGACAAGCUGAACCGCUUCAAUAAGGCCUACGUGAAGAAGUGGUUGAUCGCAGGCGAGCGCUCCACCGAGCCUCAGCUCAUCUCCUUCUACAACAAGAUGGAGAUGAAACAGGCCAUGAUGCUGGUGGAGAGCGGGAGCGCCGCCAAGCUGCCCACGAUUAUGUCGUCCGUCUCCAUGCAAAACAUUCAGCCGAGAGGUCCGGCCAAGCGACGGGCCAUCCCGAGCAUCUCGAAAAGUCGUGAGCAAGAGAUCAGAAAGAUUCUGCGAGGCAACCUGCAGAAGACCAGACAGAGGCUUCGUUCCUACAGCAGACACGACCUGAUGAUCGACCCGUUUGAGGACAAUGUGAGUGAAGUUCGCUUCAGGAGGCAGCGCGUGGAGAUGGAGAGGAGGAUGAGUCACUACCUCACAGUUCCUGCAAACCGGCAGGAAACACCGCCAGUGAGAAAAGUUUGCUUUGAACCAGAACACAAGGUUUACACUUACGAUGACAGCAAGAGUCCCCGAAGCCGGACAGCUGAGCCAGAUCCCAGCCCUCCAGAUGCCGUCAGCCUGUUGAACGAAUCCUCCCAGAGGGCCAAUCAGAGCAGCGAACACAGAGCCAAACGCAUCGAUGAGCUGAGGGCCAAAGUGCCGGAUGAGAGGGAGGAGCAAGACCAACUGAAACUAUCACGUUGCCUUAGUGACCCCGGUCCAAACAAUGAAGAGGAUCUCUCAUGAUGAAACACAUAUUCACAGUUCUUGAAAGCAGAGGACGAAUUCUCCUCUUCAUGAUCCCCUCGUGAGAUCCCUAAAUGAACAGGAGUCUUAGCAAAGUUUGAUAUAUAUGAAGUCUUAUUCUGUUCCAUGUUCUGUUGCUGUGAUAAGAGCUUAUGCAUCCUUUUUUUUUUUUCAAAAGUUCAUAAGGAUUUUUAUAAUGAAACGCAUUACCUAAGCAUGCACCACUGGCUAUUUUCUAUUUAAGGAUUUGAUUACAGCCUGAAGUGAGCGGAGUGUCAGCAUUUUGUGUCUUAGCCGGCAGUUUUGCAUCAAAUGGUAAAAAAACAGAGCACCUGUUUUGACACGCUUGAGGCACCCGAUUGGUGGAGUCUGCCCCCAAAAGUCCAGUUUAAAGGUGAACUAUGAGUUCCAGCAUGGUUUUAGUGCAACUUAAUUGGUAUCUCAAAUCGUAGGCAUCUCUCCUUGAUCCGCUAGCUGGCUGCCCCCUGAACACACUGUGAUAAAGCUCGGUCUCGGGAGACAACCCAGGGGUCGUAGACAUCAAACAUCACUAGAGACACAGCCUGUGCACCAAAACACAACAUAACUCUCCAGCCAAUCACCGACAAGAUGGUUGGGGGAAGGGGUUAGUGACAGUUUAAUCGUUUAGUCAUGGCGGGUACGUAAACAUGGGGGGAGGGGCGAGCUUGCUCUGUUUUGUUUGAAAUGUACUUCUUCUUUACAGAAGUAAAUUUACUUCUUGACUUUACAGAGGUGAUCAUGCAGGAAUUCAUAGAGCACCUGUAAAGAAUCUGUAAACAGAGCUUGACCGACACAUCAUCUCGGAUAAUAUUAGGCUAUUGCAGAUAUAUCAGUUUGGUAUAUAUACAGUAUUUGCCGAUCAGAGCUAGAAGUUGCUGCAACGAAAUACCAAAGAAAUGUUUAAGUGGAUUUAGAAACAGUGUCCGCCAGUUGUAAGCUGUGCUAGUGGCGUUGCUAAAUGAACGGUCAUGUCGAUCAUUCGGUUGGCCAAAAAUAUAAUAAUAAAAUAACCAAAUUAAAAAAAAAAUCCGUAAAACGUUAUUUGUUGACACGCUAAACUAAACAUGGUGGCCAUGAUGAACAUUAUGUCAUCUUAACAUGAGCAUGUUAGCGUACAGGAGCUAGCAUGGCUGUAGACUCUUAGGACCGGGUUAUACCAGAAAAAAAACUAGGUAACAGAGUUGUUCUUACGCAAUAAUAUUAAAAUACGGAGAUACAGGCGCACAUCCAGACAGUCUCCUGGAAUACAUUCAUAAAAAAGUGACAGAAAUAGUUUAAGAAGUUUCCACCUGCCUUAUUUCCUUAUUUUCUCACUUCCGCACAGCUGAUCAACCACUGAGUUGUGAGGAUGUGAAUGUCCAAUCUUUGGAUUCCGAAUAUUACAUAAAUUGUUGUAAGCAAGCCAAAUGUUAGGUAGAUGAUGCCCUUAUAUCAAACAUAUUUGUCAUUUCAUCAUCAAAGAUGUUCUAACUGGAAUAUCAAUAUCGGUAUGUGCCUGAAAUAUCCUUAUUGAUCGAGCUACACUAUCAAGUAUAAAAGACUACAAGAGGGUAUUAAUUUUAAAGGUGUCCUGAUGAAAUACAUGUAGAAAGCACAAAUCUGGUGAUCAAAGAAUGUUAAAAUAACUUAAGUCAAAAGUAAAGCACUGCAAAUGUUUGACCGGGUUCUGUGAAGAAGCUCGUAUUUAACAGCGCUGCAUCAAUGAUCAAUGUUCUCUCAGGGACUGCAACACGGCACACAGGAAGAAAACAAGUAUUACUGUCCGAAAUGUGCUCCACUCGUUUAUUUAUAAUGUGAUUGCCUUGUAAGCGUCCGUGUUUUAAGCUUCAGUAACAUUCCAACAGAAAUCGACUUUGUCACAGUUAAGCAUCUCUGUAACAAAGCUCUACAUAUCUGUGUUCCUGGUAACUGAGCAUGCUUUAAGACUUUUACUGGGAGGUUGAAGAGGUGCAUCACCUUUUCAUAUCUGCCGAGCACUGGACUGCCUGAGCUUUUGCUGCCUGCACGUUUGCCUUAAAACGUAUUGCUUUCUGUGUUUGCAGUUGAAGUAUUUUUAUAUUUUUGAAGGGGAAAAAUGUCAAAGUCAAGUCAUAAGUAUUCGCCAAAUGAAGGAAGGCUUUAAUUCCUGUCUGAAAUAAAGAUAUGUUAUUG